UAUUAAACUAACUAACUUGGCGUAUUUCCUCGUGAGAUAAUGUUUAUCAUAAGCACUUCCCGCAGCGAAUUCUUAAAUUCGCUGAGUUAUCUGUUACAGAUGGCGCGGUUUUUGAAGAUGACUCAUUAAAAAUGCAUGAUAGUAAAGAUUAUAUGAUAAGAUUCUUAACAAUAUGCUACCAUAAUAUAACCAAUAUGGACAUUUAACAAUCGAAUACGGGUUCGCGCAAAUUUAUUCGCGCAGGUUACAUUAUUAGCACUCAAUGAAAUUAAACAGGAACGUAGACGGUAAAAAGACACAGACGAGUUAAAGGACAAUCAUAAGUGCGGUAUAUUUAGGAUUCUUAUUAUUCCGACAUUCGUUCUUGUUUUUUCACUUCUUAACAUAAUGGCAUGAUCACGUGAUACGGAAAAUAAGAAUCAAAGAAGUACCAACCAAUGAAGUACUGAUAUCUCAUACUGGUUAUAUUGUGAUGCAGUUUCGAUGCAUUUUCAACUUUGUUUAUCGGUGAUGCCGCGUCGUACUGACAGUAUACAUCUGCGAUUAGAAGACGCAAGUUGCAUGCUUACUGUUAUUAUGGCGAGUGCUCAUCAGUGUUGGAAGCUAACGAAUGAGCAGAAAAUUUAUGCAAAGAUGCAUUUAAAUGAAACCAACGAGACUAGAAAAAACGCCGUAGCAGAGAUUAAACAUUGGAUACAGGAAAAUAACGACUUACGCAAACGAAUUGAUGAUUUUAAUAUUCUUCAAUAUUUGAGGAUUUGUAAGUUUAAUAUCGAGGAAACUAAGAUCAGAAUUCAAAAUUAUUAUAAACUGCGAUCUAAUAUACCAGAAUGGUACACAAACAAGGAUCCAUUUCGACCGGAAUUGCAAAUACUCCUCAAUUUGGGAAUAUUCUUUUUUCUACGAAAGCCGGAUAAUGAAGGAAGAAUGGUUUUUUUCGCACGUCCUUCUUUAUUUGAACCAAAAAUAAGUAAAUUAUCAGAUGUAAUAAAGCAGAUGCAACUUUUGAAAACAUUUAUGAAUGAAGACUUGAAGAAAAAGUUCCAUUCCUUUAGGACAACAGAAGGUAGUUUCAAUAAUAUUCCAGCUAAUAUUUUGCCCGAAUAUGGCAAUACUGGAGAUCCAGUAGAGGAAUUAACAGAUUAUUGGAAGAAAAAGAUCGAAGAGAAUCGUGACUGGUUUAUUGAUGAUGAAAAAUACAAGAUGAUAGUUUUGAAGCAUUAAAUCUGAGAUAAAAAUAAUAGUUUAUGAUCACUAGAUAAUAUUUACAAGAUUAUUAAAGGAAUAAUAGGAUGAAAGAAAAGCAGUUGAUUCUGUGAAUCACUAUAAUAAUGUUGAGCGGGAUAAAAUUUUUUUAAAAAAAGGAUAUAUGUAUAUGUGAGUUUCAUGUCCCUUUUUUAUAUAUAAGUAAAAUAAAAUAUACAUUUUUACAAGUUGUGUCAAGUUUUUCUUGCAUUGCACAUUUUUGUUUUUUAUCUUUUUUUGUUGGUGAUAAAUAUUUAAUGUAAUUUUUCAUUUUAAUAACAAAAAAAGUAAACCCGCGCGUAAUGAUUGCACUUUACGGACGGCCACAAUAUUCUGUGUUUUACUUAUACAUAAAAUAUGUCCAAUAUCAUUGCCAAGAAUUUUGUGUACAUCGCAGUAUACAUGUACACAAUUUUGUAAUGUCGUUUUUUUGAAUGUUUAUAUUAUAUAUAACUUUUACUUAUACAGUAUUGAAUGUAAUGACAUAUGCGACAGGUAAUUUUUAUUACAUAAUUCUUAUCAUAGUUUACGCAUGAAUGUCAGAUCAUUUUAAGUUCAUUAAUGUCAAUUAGGCAAUAAAGAUCUUCGAUACGGCGUAUCGCAUUUCUUGUUAUAAAUCGUCAUAUGUAUGUCAAAACAUAUGUCAAAUAAUAAUAUAAUAAAAAGUAUUACAUUUUUUUAGCGCGCAUUUUAUGAUGUUGUCGCUUUUUGUUUUUUCUGCUUCCAAUCGAGUUACGAGUUAAAUAAAAUACGUACGUACUUAAGUCAUGGGCAAGUAGAA